UCCCGGCCGCCAGCGGGAGGGCUUUCGUCGCCGGCCGCCGCCACCGCGGGCCGGAGCGGGAGAGGGAGCGGCGGGUGGGCGCCCCGACAUGGCGGCCCGGAGCGCCCCGAGCUGCCACCUGCGGCUCGAGUGGGUGUACGGCUACCGGGGCCACCAGUGCCGCAACAACCUCUACUACACCGCGGCCAAGGAGAUCGUAUACUUCGUGGCGGGGGUCGGCGUGGUGUACAGCCCGCGGGAGCACCGGCAGAAGUUCUACCGCGGCCACAGCGACGACAUCAUCAGCCUUGCAUUACAUCCUGAAAGAGUAUUGGUAGCAACAGGUCAAGUUGGGAAAGAGCCUUAUAUCUGUGUUUGGGAUUCAUACACUGUGCAGACCAUAUCAGUUCUAAAGGAUGUUCAUACACAUGGUAUAGCUUGCUUAGCAUUUGACUUGGAUGGACAGCGCUUGGUUUCAGUUGGACUUGAUUCAAAGAAUGCAGUUUGUGUUUGGGAUUGGAAAAGGGGGAAAACGUUGUCCGUGGCUCCUGGUCACACAGAUAGAAUAUUUGAUAUUUCUUGGGAUUUGUACCAGCCAAAUAAACUUGUCAGCUGUGGUGUAAAACAUAUCAAGUUCUGGAGUUUAUGUGGAAAUGCUCUGACCCCAAAACGAGGUGUCUUUGGUAAGACGGGUGACCUUCAGACAAUAUUGUGCCUAGCUUGUGCGAGAGAUGAAUUAACAUAUUCUGGUGCACUCAAUGGGGAUAUUUAUGUCUGGAAAGGAAUUAAUCUUAUACGAACAAUACAAGGAGCCCAUAAUGCAGGAAUUUUUAGUAUGAAUGCUUGUGAGGAAGGCUUUGCUACUGGGGGCAGAGAUGGCUGUAUUCGUCUUUGGGAUUUAACUUUUAAACCAAUUACUGUGAUUGAUCUCAGGGAAACAGACCAGGGAUACAAAGGUUUAUCUGUGAGGAGUGUUUGUUGGCGAGGUGACCACAUUCUAGUUGGAACACAGGACAGUGAAAUUUUUGAAAUUGUGGUACAAGAAAGAAAUAAACCUUUCCUAAUUAUGCAAGGGCACUGUGAAGGCGAACUUUGGGCACUUGCUAUCCAUCCGACUAAACCUUUGGCUGUGACUGGAAGUGAUGAUCGAUCAGUCAGGAUAUGGAGCCUAGUAGAUCAUGCAUUAAUAGCAAGGUGUAAUAUGGAAGAACCAAUUCGUUGUGCAGCUGUGAAUGCAGAUGGAAUCCAUCUUGCGCUUGGAAUGAAGGAUGGCUCAUUCACUGUACUUCGAGUGAGAGAUAUGACAGAAGUUGUACAUAUUAAAGAUAGGAAGGAGGCAAUUCAUGAAUUAAAAUAUUCACCAGAUGGAACUUACCUUGCUGUUGGAUGCAAUGACAGCUCAGUUGAUAUUUAUGGAGUUGCUCAGCGUUAUAAAAAAGUUGGCGAAUGUGUUGGAUCACUUAGUUUCAUUACUCAUAUGGACUGGUCCUCAGACAGUAGAUAUUUACAGACAAAUGAUGGCAAUGGGAAAAGACUUUUUUAUAGGAUGCCAGGAGGAAAAGAAGUGACAAGUACGGAAGAAACAAAAAGUAUUCAUUGGGCUUCAUGGACAUGUGUUUCAGGCCUUGAAGUAAAUGGAAUUUGGCCCAAAUAUUCAGAUGUUAAUGAUAUAAAUUCAGUAGAUGGAAAUUAUAUUGGCCAAGUUUUAGUUACAGCCGAUGACUAUGGAAUUAUAAAGUUAUUCAGAUAUCCAUGUUUAAGAAAAGGGGCCAAGUUUAGAAAAUAUAUUGGCCAUUCAGCUCAUGUAACUAAUGUCAGAUGGUCCCAUGAUUAUCAGUGGGUUAUUUCUAUUGGUGGAGCAGAUCACUCUGUCUUUCAGUGGAAGUUUAUUCCUGAAAGAAAACUAAAAGAUGCUCUUCACAUAGCACCCCAAGAAAGUCUGGCUGACUCCAAUAGCGAUGAAUCAGAUUCAGAUUUGUCUGAUGUUCCAGAGCUGGAUUCAGAAAUUGAACAAGAGACACAACUCACCUACCGUCGGCAGGUUUACAAAGAAGAUCUACCUCAGCUUAAAGAACAAUGCAAAGAGAAACAAAAAAGUGCUACAUCUAAAAGAAGAGAGCGGGCGCCAGGAAAUAGUAUUCGAUUACAUUUUGUUCAUGGUUACAGAGGUUAUGACUGUCGAAGUAAUCUGUUUUAUACUCAAAUUGGUGAAAUUGUGUACCAUGUGGCUGCAGUGGGUGUCAUUUAUAAUCGACAACAGAACACACAGCGUUUUUACCUGGGUCAUGACGAUGAUAUUCUCUGCUUGGCUAUUCAUCCCUUGAAAGACUACGUGGCAACAGGCCAGGUAGGUAGGGAUCCCUCAAUUCACGUAUGGGAUACAGAGACCAUUAAACCAUUGUCGAUAUUAAAGGGCUAUCACCAAUAUGGUGUUUGUGCUGUUGAUUUCUCAGUGGAUGGGAAACGUUUGGCUUCAGUUGGAAUAGAUGAUAGCCACAGUAUUGUGCUAUGGGACUGGAAGAAAGGAGAGAAACUUUCAAUAGCAAGAGGAAGUAAAGAUAAGAUUUUUGUUGUAAAGAUGAACCCCUAUGUGCCUGAUAAACUAAUUACAGCUGGAAUUAAACACAUGAAAUUUUGGCGAAGAGCGGGGGGAGGAUUGAUUGGAAGAAAAGGCUACAUAGGCACACUGGGGAAAAGUGACACAAUGAUGUGUGCAGUAUAUGGAUGGACUGAAGAGAUGGCUUUUUCUGGAACAUCCACAGGAGAUGUGUGUAUCUGGAGAGACAUUUUCCUUGUAAAAACAGUUAAAGCACAUGAUGGGCCAGUGUUCAGUAUGCAUGCAUUGGAAAAAGGAUUUGUAACUGGAGGAAAAGAUGGUGUAGUAGCUCUUUGGGAUGACUCCUUUGAACGAUGUCUCAAGACCUAUGCUAUAAAAAGAGCUGCUUUGGCCCCGGGAUCUAAAGGUCUUCUCUUGGAAGAUAAUCCAUCCAUACGUGCUAUAUCAUUAGGACAUGGUCAUAUUUUAGUUGGCACAAAGAAUGGUGAAAUACUAGAAGUGGAUAAAAGUGGCCCGAUAACACUUCUGGUUCAGGGACACAUGGAAGGAGAGGUGUGGGGUUUGGCUACACAUCCUUAUUUGCCCAUCUGUGCUACUGUGAGUGAUGAUAAAACCUUAAGAAUAUGGGAUCUCUCUCCUAGUCACUGUAUGUUGGCUGUCCGGAAGCUGAAAAAGGGUGGGAGGUGUUGCUGUUUUUCUCCUGAUGGCAAAACUUUGGCUGUAGGUCUUAAUGAUGGAAGUUUCUUAAUGGCAAAUGCAGAUACUCUUGAGGAUCUUGUGUCUUUUCACCACAGAAAAGAUAUUAUUUCAGAUAUUCGAUUUUCACCUGGUUCUGGGAAAUACUUAGCUGUAGCAUCCCAUGAUGGCUUCAUAGAUAUAUACAACGUUAUCAGUAGUAAACGAGUAGGAAUAUGCAAAGGAGCUACCAGUUACAUAACCCAUAUUGAUUGGGAUAUUAGAGAAUACUUCAGCCUUAAGAAAAAUGGAGACUUGACAUCUUUUAUUUCAACCUGGAUGGAGUUAAAACACAUUUUUCUUAGAAAGCUUUUACAGGUCAAUACUGGUGCUAAAGAACAGUUAUUCUUUGAAGCUCCUAGAGGGAAAAAGCAAACCAUCCCCAGCAUGGAGGUAGAGAAAAUUGCUUGGGCAUCAUGGACAAGUGUUCUUGGUUUAUGCUGUGAGGGAAUUUGGCCAGUGAUUGGAGAAGUCACAGAUGUAAUUGCUUGUUGCCUCAGCAGUGACAAAAUGGUCCUCGCUACUGGGGAUGAUUUGGGAUUUGUGAAGUUAUUUAGAUAUCCUACUAAAGGAAAAUUUGGAAAGUUUAAGAGGUACGUGGCCCAUAGUACACAUGUCACAAAUGUUCGCUGGACUUAUGAUAACAGCAUGUUGGUUACCCUAGGAGGUACAGAUAUGUCUUUAAUGAUAUGGACAAAUGAGAUGGAGGGAUAUCGAGAAAAAAAGACUUGUGAUAGUGAAGAAUCUGACAUAGAUUCUGAAGAAGAUGGGGGGUAUGACAGUGAUGUUACAAGGGAGAAUGAAAUCAGUUACACCAUCAGAGCCUUAUCUACAAAUAUUCGCCCAAUGUUUGGAAUCAAGCCUCAUUUGCAACAAAAAGAACCUUCACUGGAUGAGAGGCCCCCAGUGAGCAGGGCCCCUCCACAGCCAGAGAAACUCCAGACAAACAAUGUUGGCAAGAAAAAGAGACCUAUAGAGGAUCUUGUGUUGGAGCUUGUUUUCGGUUAUCGAGGAAGAGAUUGUAGGAAUAACGUUCACUAUUUAAACGAUGGUGAUGAUAUAAUUUAUCAUGCUGCGUCCAUUGGGAUUCUACACAAUGUUGCUACAGGUUCUCAGAGUUUUUAUCAGGAACAUAAUGAUGAUAUUCUGUGCCUCACUGUGAAUCAGCACCCCAAGUUUAUCAACAUAGUGGCAACUGGCCAAGUAGGUGAUUCAGCAGACAUGUCAGCUACAGCUCCUUCUAUCCACAUCUGGGAUGCAAUGAAUAAGCAGACUUUAUCUAUACUAAGAUGCUACCAUUCAAAGGGAGUGUGUUCAGUCAGCUUCAGUGCUACUGGCAAACUAUUGCUGUCUGUGGGACUAGACCCAGAACAUACUAUAACCAUUUGGAGAUGGCAGGAAGGUGCCAAAAUUGCCAGCAGAGCUGGUCAUAACCAACGUAUUUUUGUGGCAGAAUUCCGGCCAGAUUCAGAUACCCAGUUUGUCUCGGUGGGAGUAAAACAUGUGAAGUUCUGGACCCUAGCAGGAAGGGCUCUUCUUAGCAAAAAAGGGCUCCUGAGCACACUGCAAGAUGCCCGGAUGCAGACUAUGCUUGCUGUUGCCUUUGGUGCAAAUAACUUGACGUUUACAGGUACCAUCAGUGGUGAUGUCUGUGUGUGGAAAGAUCACAUACUGUGUAGAAUCGUGGCCAGAGCUCACAAUGGGCCUGUGUUUGCCAUGUAUACCACCCUGCGAGAUGGACUUAUAGUGACUGGUGGCAAGGAAAGGCCGUCAAAAGAAGGAGGAGCUGUAAAACUGUGGGAUCAGGAACUGAGGCGAUGCCGUGCCUUCAGGCUUGAGACAGGACAAGUCACAGAUUGUGUUCGUUCUGUGUGCAGAAGCAAAGGCAAAAUACUAGUUGGGACAAGGAAUGCUGAAAUAAUUGAAGUUGGAGAGAAAAAUGCAGCAUGUAAUAUUUUAGUUAAUGGGCAUGUGGAUGGACCGAUCUGGGGGCUGGCAACACAUCCUUCCAGGGAUUUUUUCCUUUCUGCUGCAGAGGAUGGAACAGUGAGACUCUGGGAUAUCACUGAUAAAAAGAUGUUAAACAAAGUGAAUUUGGGACAUGCUGCUCGUACUGUGUGCUAUAGCCCUGAAGGGGACAUGGUGGCUAUUGGAAUGAAAAAUGGAGAAUUUAUUAUUUUACUAGUGAGCUCUCUAAAAAUAUGGGGAAAGAAGAGAGACAGACGUUGCGCAAUCCAUGAUAUCAGAUUUAGUCCAGAUUCCCGGUAUCUGGCAGUGGGCUCUAGCGAGAACUCAGUGGAUUUUUAUGACCUAACACUGGGCCCCACCCUUAACAGAAUCAACUACUGCAAAGAUAUUCCAAGCUUUGUCAUUCAAAUGGACUUCUCUGCAGAUGGCAGGUAUCUCCAGGUCUCCAGUGGCUGCUAUAAACGGCAUGUCUAUGAAGUGCCUUCAGGAAAACAUCUUACGGAUCAUGCUGCUAUUGACAGAAUUACUUGGGCUACAUGGACUAGUACUCUGGGAGAUGAAGUUAUGGGAAUCUGGUCCAGACACGCAGAGAAAGCCGACAUCAAUUGUGCCUGUGUAUCUCAUUCAGGAAUCAGCCUUGUAACAGGAGAUGACUUUGGCAUGGUUAAGUUAUUUGACUUCCCGUGUCCAGAAAAAUUUGCAAAGCACAAAAGGUUCUUGGGUCAUUCACCCCAUGUGACAAAUAUUCGAUUUACCAGUGCUGAUCGACAUGUUGUUAGUGCUGGAGGGGAUGACUACAGUUUAUUUGUCUGGAAAUGCAUACAUAUGCCUCACUGAGAUGGAGGGAUGCUGAGAAGAAUACUAUACAAAUUAACAGCCUUUAGAGACCAGAAUUACAGAGGAGAAAACAAAACAAAACCCUGCAUGGUCAAGUGGUGCUAACCCCAGUUUGUAACAAGAGAAAUGCCCAGAAUCAUCAAAACAGAAGAAUGAUGAGUUCAAAAUGCCCAUAAUCCAUACACUGCCAGAUAAUUACAUUUCAAGGAAGUACUGAAUACUUAAUGGUAAAAGCCAACCUUCCCCUGACCCUUACAGAGGAAUGAGCAAUUUUGGCAGACUUGCUGGAAGAGAUUUAAGGUAUAGCACACCUUCAAACAAAAAAAACAAAAAGCCCUAGUUGGACAGUUUUCAUCAUCUUUUCUCUGUUAGCAAAACUGUGUUUCUCCUUAGCAUUUAUAUUUUCAAGGCUCAUUGUUUAAUCAAAUACAUGUAUUAUAUAUAAGGAAAGGAAAAACCAUGAUCACUCUAAAGCAGUGGUUCUCAACGUUCCUAAUGCCAUGGCCCUUUAAUACAGUUCCUGGGGGUCGCGACCCACAGGUUGAGAACCACUGCUCUAAAGGAUCAGUUUUUAAAAGGCAAACAUAUUCCCUAAGGAAACAGACACAUGCUUCCCUGGAGAAUGUUUUUUAAGCACGAAUAAAGUCCUUUUUUAAAACAAAGGACAUGUUUUCCAGGCAGUUUUGAAUUUAGGAACAGAUCCAAAGUUGUCAAUAUAUGGCUGCUACAUUUUCAUUUUUGAGCUGUGACCUAUUUUCAGUUCAGAAGCCAUCUUUAUAAUUGAAAACUGAAAACAUGAUGUAGCCUUCUUGGGAAAGGAGUGUAAUACAAAAUCAUUUCCAAUGGUGGACAGUUCUGUUAAGGUUUAGACAGCAAUAAAAUAGUAUUUAACGGGAAGAGAAUACUGCAUAAAGGUGUAAUCUAAUAUAUAAAAUAUGAUUCGUUGAACAUGUAAACAAAAGUGUUAAAUUCACACAAAGUUAUACAAUUUAAUCAUGGAAGAAAAUCUUUAUACCUUUUUUUUACUGUGAAAAUUUUAAGUCAUAUGUGUGCCAUCUUAUAGGCUGAUUUCCAAAAUGAAUGAACCCAGAUAAAUUUGUAAAACUUGUCAAUUCCUUUUUAGUGGAUUAAGGCUGACUUCUUAGAUUUUUUUUCCUUCUCACUUUAAAUGCUGCCAAAGAUCAGUACUCACCAUUCAGGAAUUUGCUGUUUAACUUAAGUGUAGUUUCCUGAAGACUGAAAUUUAUGUAGAUUGCUACUUAAAAAUAUAUUUUUCUAAGUAUGAAGUUUAAGACGCUCUAUUAGUCCUAUGAAUUUUUAUUUUAAUGUGUUACUGUCUUUAUAGUAUAAUAGAUCCCACCCCCUCAGGUUUCUGGAAUCCUCAGUUUAACAAGACAUUGAGAUUCUUAAUAUUUAUUUUCUGUGUCUAAUACUUUAUGAAAAUUAAAAACAGAAACUACAAGAUAUCACAGAAAACCUACAGUGAAUGAGCCUAGUCAGUUUUCAAGCUCUGAAUAGCUGUGUCUGAAGGGCUGAUUAAGGGGUUAAGAAGCUUGAAACAUAAAAAUGUUACUCUUUCCUCCUGAAUUAAUCUAAAUUUUGAAAUACAUUACUGUUAGAUUUCUAUUUAUGUAUUUUACAAAGAGGCAGUCAUUAAAGGGAAAAAAUUUCCCCUAAACCACCCUCCCAUAAAAAGAAAAAUACUCAAAUUUGAGCAUGUUGGAGUUUUAAAUUUCUCUUCUAGGUCAUGUUCACCAGAUUUUGGCUACAGAGAAAUCCCAUUUCUAUUAUAGCUCCAUAGAAACUUCAUAACCUGCAACAAGUAAACUACUUGGGAGAAUAAGGCUUCCAAAUGCAUUUCUGUCCUUCGAGGUGGCCAAUCUAAGUGGCUUUAAUCACGGCAGUAGUCAGUUUCACCAGUAAAGUUCAUUCAGACUAAGUAGUCAUCCCCACAUUGCUGUACCAGCCAUCAACUAAGGGAAGGAGAAGAAACAUGAUAGGCCAUACAUAGAAAAUCCCUAUCUUUACUUUUUUUUAACCCAGAGAGUUAUCUUGUGUGUAGUAUCUAAGCUCCUGAAUCUAUAAAUAGGACUUUGGGCACAUUUCAUACUGUUCAUUUUAUGUAUAAACUACAUGCCAAAGCACACUGUGCACUCCAGGACUGCUCACUUCUCAUCACCAAACAUGCUCCUAGUCAAUGCUUGUUCCCUUUCUUAUGAUCCUUUUGUUGUGGUGGUUCAUUUUAUACUAGGGUUAUCCAUCCAACAAAUGUUCUGGGGGCAACCUUAGCUUGCCCAUAAACCAGAGUGACUGAAAAAUUAAACUCUUAAAUGUGUUUCCAGGCAGUGUCUAUUAAAUAAUCAGAUUUUAGCAUUUUAUGGCUGAACCAUUGAAAGACCUCGUCUUUCCUUCUGUUCUUUAUAGUGACACCCUGAGAAUAUACUUACAAAAUCUGACAAUUAAGUCUGUGAAUUCAUCCUAGAAAAAAUGCUACAUACCUCAUGGCUGCAUAUCACUAUGGUUACCAUCUAAGUACUCCUCUUGGGAAGCUAUGCACUAACACCAGUGCUUAGUCCACCCCUCAAAACAAUUUUGGAGCUCUGGAAUGGCCAUCAGAGCUGUUGUCAUACAGCACACAAAAACAUGCAACAGUGAAUGCACUCAGCGAGACACCACCACACAGUCAAUAUGACAUGACAAGGUUAUAAAACCUUACCAAGUUGUUUGUUCAGUGCUGCCAACAUAAACACCUGGUGGCAAGUUCACGAACUUGUCAGACCUCGUAUGACAACAGCUCUGAUGGCCAUUCCAGAAAAAGCAUUCUAAAAUUGCUUUGAAGGGUAAACGAGGUGCUGGUGUUGGUGCAUAGCUUCCCAAGGGGAGAACUUUGGAAGGUGACUAUAGUGAUAUUUAACGAUGAGGUAUAUAAGAUGAGUUUUCUAGGAUGAGUUUUCAAACGUAAUUAUCAGACAUUGUAUAUACCAUUUAUAAAUAAGCUAAGUCUAUUGUUUCCAGAAAUUUAAGCAAUUCAGAACUUUCUUCUGCAGAGAUGCAAAGCAUCUCAAGUAACACUGGAAUGAACAAAUGCCUUAAAUUCAAUUGAGGAAACCUUUAAAAUGAAGUGGAAUUGCCAUUUCACCCAAGCCUAACACAACAGCCUUCUGCUCUUGUGUGCUUUGUCUUUGUUUCUUCUCAUGUUUCAAGUCUUCCUCUGGAUCAGCACAGCAAAGUGCAACUUACCAAAUGGGACUGGUUAAUUCUUCUUUCAAAGGAAGAGCAGUAGCCACAAAACAGACUGCUGGCUUUAUGAUCUUAAAACACGGAACUUUACAGACAUGGGUUUAUUACCAUUUGGGUAUAUAACUAAGCAAGUCAAUGAAUUUUUUUAUAGAGAUAGUUUAAUUUGGUCCUGUGAAUGUUUGAGUCCUUAUUCCUUUUGCAUUAAUUCACUUUUUUCUAACCACCUGUUAGCUUUAAUUUUUAACAGUACUAUACAUCAAGUCUUUGCUAUCAGUGAUCUGUUUGUUAUUUAACUCUAAAUUUGACACUUCUUGCCUUAACUUUUAAAAACCACACACACAAAACUCUAAAUGAUCCAGUAGGCCAAGUUUCAUCCUAUUUUGCAGUUUACCUAUCUGAUCUCUGUAAUUAUAGCCUAUCAUUUAAAAUAUAGCAUUUAAAUCUAAUUUUUACAUUUCAAAUAUUACCUUCAGUAGUAACUAAGUAUAUUUUCUGUGAAGCUAUUUCUGAGAAUGUUAUUUUCCAGAAUGUGUGAAUAUAUUUGUAUUUAUAAUCUUGUGAGUUUAAAGUCUGUUUAUGAAACUUUGUGUAUAUACUUGUAAAAAAAUUGUAUAAUUUUGUGAUAACACAGUUCCCCCAAUUGAAAAAGCUCAUGUCUAUAGUAAAUGAGAGCACUGUAAGGACUUGUUCCUAUUUUUCAUAUUUGCUAUUCCAGCUGUCUCCACCCUCCAUAAUAACCUCGCUCACCCUGUCACAGAAGGAAAGGAAACUGGGAAACUUUACCAAAGCAGCUCUCAAUCCAAGAGGCCUGUAUUAUCAUGCUUUUCAAAUGAAAUUCACUUAAAAAUUAAAAAGCAAAAUUGAAUGACUAUUUUAAGCCUUCUCAGUUAUUUUGGCGAUUCCUCUUUUCAUGGUAGAUUAUGAGAUUAUAUGAUCAUUGGGAAAAGUGAAAGCAGCAAAUUUCAACUUUUAGAACAAGACUUGCUUCACUGUAUCUCUCUCUAUAUAGCCCACAAACCAUAUAGUCCUAAAUUAUAGUAUCAUUAUUACUAACAGUGAUGUUACAUUAUAAAUGCUGAUACUUAAAACAGCAGU